UGGACGUUUCCCUUCCCCACGCCGCUGCCUUUAAACUUCGUGUGGCAAGAUGGCGAAGGAGAAGAGCCGCAGCAAGGAGCAGGUGACUCGUGAGUACACCAUUCACCUCUCCAAGCGGCUGCAUAAGACCAGCUUUAAGAAAUGCGCUCCUAAGGCUGUUAAGGAGAUACGCAAGUUUGCUGCCAAGGUAAUGGGCACAUCAGACGUGCGCCUGGACGUUAAGCUGAACAAGGCUGUUUGGGCCAAGGGCAUCAAGAAUGUGCCCACCCGUCUGCGCAUAGUCAUCAGCAGGCGGCGCAAUGACGACGAGGACGCCAAGGAGGAGAUGUACUCCUUUGUGACCGUUGCGGAUGACCAGUCGACGAAGGGCAAGGGCACGGUUGUCGUCCAGGACGAUUAGGCUUGCAAACCGUGUAACGAGUGAAACGCGGAACCUGCUGUCCCUCGUCUAGAUUUCUUUUGGGGAUGCAGCCGUCGGCAUAUGUCAGCGGGGAAGCAAAAUCCGUUCUGAGCGCUGUUGUUCGCUAAGAAUACCAUGGGCGUGCCAGCGGUUGUACUGCAUGUCUGAGUGAACCAGAGUUUGGGCUAAAAACAUGAUGGCUUGCAGCCUGUCCAGGUGAACAGUGAUGCCUAGCGGUGGGGGGAUGGCAGGCUUCUUUUGGACAUCGGUUGUGUCCGGUUGCAUCAAGGUAGACUAUGCGGGGCAUGUGAAAGGUUAAUUUCGUCUUUGCGAGCACGCACACGGCAAAAAAGUGGACCCUUCAUAAAAGAUUGCUCAACAUAAGCUCCGGGCAGUCGCAUUGCCUUAGCAUUGGAACGCUAGUCCAUUCCGCAGCACAAUACCCUACCAUUGUCAACAGACGUUCACGUUAACUAUGUAGCAUGGCUGUCUGUCGGGUUAUACAACGAGAAGGACCUUUGAACUGAUAUCGUUCGCGUCUUGAUAUAAUCGGGUUUUACAGAGCACAGCAUCCAACCAGCAACACCCACCAUUUAGGAAUAGGCUUUCGCAUCCCAGGCAAAUUAACCAAAUAAGGAUUUAAAAUCCGCGG